AUGCAGAGUGACGGAGAUAGAAAAGAGGACAAGGACAGGCUCAGUUACAUGCCUGACUUGGUUUUACUUCAUAUAAUGAAAUUUAUGAGCAUGAAAGAGGCUGUUCAGACUUGUGUCUUGUCUUCAAGAUGGAAGGAACUGUGGAAACACCUAACUGAUUUGGCUUUGAAUUCCUCAGAUUUUACCAAUCUUACACAUUUCAGCAAAUUUGUAUCUUGGGUUAUAUCGAAUCGAGACAGCUCCAUUUCACUGCAUAGUCUAGAUUUGAGGCGUAAAGGCUGCAUUGAUCAUGAACUUCUAAAUACUGUCAUGGGUUAUGCUGUGUCACAUGAUGUCCAGCAGUUGACAAUUGAAGUUAAUUUAAGUGUUAAACUUGGUUUUAGGUUGCAUCCUAGUGUCUUUUCUUGUAAAUCUUUGACAUAUCUUAAGCUUUCCAUUUGGGCUGUACCUUGGAUGACACAAUUUCCAGGUUCCUUGGAGUUGCCAGCAUUGAAAACCUUGCAUCUUGAGCAUAUCACUUUCACUGCAAGUGAAAAUGACUCUGCUGAACCCUUUUCAACUUGUCACAUGUUGGAUACUUUGGUCCUUGACCGUUUUAACUUGCAUCAAGGUGUGAAAUUCCUCUGUAUAUGUAAUUCCAACCUUUCUAGUUUGACCAUUGGUAGUACCAUUCAAGAAGCACCUUACAAAUGUGUGCUUUCUACUCCAAAUCUUAGAUCUCUCGCUGUGAUGCGUGAUCCUCUUCACCAACUCUCUGCUUGCAAACUUUGUUUUCUCGAACAAGUAAGCAUUGAUUGUGAAGCCUAUUUUCAUACUCAUUUCGAACGGACACAUUCAGCCCUUAUAAAUUUGCUGAAAGUGCUUGCUGAUUAUGUAAAGAUAAUGAUACUCUCUUCAAGUACCCUUCAGAUUCUUCAUGGUCUCUCAACUUCCGGUUCAAUGAUAACUCAAAUUCCUUAUUUUGCUCAAUUAAGGUCUUUGAAAUUGAAAAUGAAAUCUUCGUCAAACAUAUCUGAUGAGGUUGCUAUUCUAUACAAGUAUUUGCUAUGUAAUCGUGCCUUAAUGGAAGAGUCGUCAGAACAACCUAUGGAAGAGUCGACAGAACAACCUAUGGAAGAGUCGACAGAUCAAAUUAUGGAAGAGUCGAAGGAAGAAACAAUCAUGACACAGAUAGCGGGAACAGAUGGAGAAGAUGGAAGAGACAGGCUGCUUGAGUUGCAUGAUUCUGUUCUUUUCCACAUAAUCCAAUUCAUGAGCACAAAAACAGCAGUUCGAGCCUCUCUCUUAUCCAGUAGAUGGAAGAACCUUUGGAAAUGUCUCGAUACUCUCCGUUUCAGACGCCGCGACUUCGAAACCAUCUCCAAGUACAGCAAAUUUAUCUCGUACGUUGUCUCCAACAGAGACACUUCUAUUCCUUUGCGUCACCUUGAUUUGGAUGCAUGCUGUGUCACAGCACAAGUGUUUCUGGCCGACGUCACCCCAGAUCUGUAUCGUAUGCAGCAUUUGAGAAUCUUUUUCGAUGGUAAACCCAGAUCCAGCUUUUAUGGUUCCCUCCCUUUCAUCUUCUCUUCACCCGCUCUCAAAUCUCUCACUCUUUCAAUCUUUCUUCAUCGUCAUGUCUUAAUACUUCCACAAACUCUACAUCUUCCCGCCCUCGAAACCUUGUAUCUCGCCAAUGUCUCUUUCAUGGCAAGCGAGGAUGAUGAUGAUGACUUCACAUGCGCUGAACCCUUUUCAAACUGUGUCUCGUUGAACAGUUUGGAGCUUGUGGGGUGUUCUUUGAGCGGCGAUGCCAAAGUCCUCAACAUAUCAAAUUCCAACCUUUCUCGUUUCACCAUGAAAAGAUACGACGAAAAGCAUUACAAUGUUGUGAUGUCCACUCCGAAUCUGAUCUCUUUCUCUAUCAAAAGCUGUAUAAGCUGUCAUGAUUUCUCCUCCCCGUAUGAUCUUUCACUUCUUUCAGAUGCAAACAUUAACAUCACUUCUGGUGCAAUUCAUGCAAUCAUUCUAAGGUGUCUGCAAAUGUUCUCUUAUGUAAGGAGAUUGACACUCUCUAGGAAUGUCCAGGCAGCAAUACUAAGAGGUGUGUCAGCAAAUGCGAGAACUCUACUUCCACGCUUUUAUAGAUUGAAGACAUUGAAGGCGCAAAAGAUUGAAAAUUCAGAAAUAUUCAUGAAGUACUUACUUCAGAACUCUCAACUAACCAAUGUUGAGGUCAUAAGUUUUUGA